GGCUACAUUUCUUUAUGCACAAUUUGAUGGCACUGUUGAGUUGUUGAGUGUUUUUGCCAAAAACCAAAUUGAUGUAGUGGAAUCAUAUCCAGGUUGGGAUUAAUUCCUUGCAAUAAAAAUUUCUCGAAAAGUUUUCAAAUGGUGGGUAACAAGUUUAUUGGUUUAUCUAUACAAAGAUGUCUUUAGAUUGUGUUAAAUAUACAGGUCAGCACCAGACCACGGGAAAUAUGAAUGAAAUGCCAGAAAAGCAUGGUGAGCCGAUUUUAGAGCCGAACCUUCAAGUAUCUGCAGCCCUUGAAGUUCAGCCGGUAGCUGGCGAAGUUGCUCCUACUAAUAAUACUACAAAUGUGAUACCCACCAGCCCUCAGUACGGUGUGGCCAUUAUUCCCAACGCUGUUACUAUGAAUGAUCUGGCAACAGAAACUGUCACCCCGCCAACUGAAACCCUAACAGAUUCGACUGCAAAACCAAUAGACGAUAAAGAACUUCAUUCCACUCCUAGUAGAAAUGAUAGAUUCAAAGUGGUAAAAAUAGCUAGUUUAGAACCUUUUAAACGUGGCCGUUGGAAAUGUAUGGAUUAUGUUGAUGAAGCUCCACCGGUUGGAGCUACGCGGGUACCUCAAUCAUCUGGUAGUAUACAAGUGUCAGGAGGUACUUUUAUGCAAACUCAAAGUUUACCACAACAGCAAUUUCAGCAAAUGCUAUUACAAAGUGGAUUUACAAAUAGUACACCAUUUUUUGCAAAUGUUCCACCUCAAAUAAUGCACCAAGGUCAAUAUUAUUAUCCCCAAGUUACGAAUGUACAGAAUCAAACUAUGCAGCAGGUGCCGAAUAGUAUACCUGCUCAAUUCAUAGCAAACCAGCCCUAUUUUCCCGCUGGUAUGGUUCCCAAUGCACAGGGAUUUACAAUGCCACAAGGUUAUUCUAAUGUUCAAUAUGUUCCUGCUAAUUUAAUCCAGAAUCAAGGUAGUGCUUUUGUACCAACAUCACAACCUGUCCAAUUGCCUCCAAAUUUUCAGCAAAGUCAAUCCUAUGCAGGUCAACCGAAUGUAUCACAAACAAAUGUUCAACCAGUUAUGAAUGGUCACACUUAUACUCCUCAAAAUGAACAAGUGAGUGGUAGUUUACCCACACAAACAGUAAAAAGUGUUAUAAUGAACUCAAAUAAUACACAGCCUGUUGUGAGUCAAACUCAAGUUUUACAACAAAAUGUGCAAAACAUCCCAGUGCAAAGCAAUCAAAAUAUUUUAGUUGCCCAAGUACAACAGUACCAACAACAAAAUGCAUUCCAGCAGAAUGCAGCUAAUCAACAGCAAUCAGCUGCUUCAGUUGUUCCUGUUCAGGUCCAGCCAGUGACAUCCACGUCUCAGGUUGCACCAGUGCAAUCUCAGACGUUUGAACAAAAUUUACCUAACAAUGUCUACACGAAUCCACAGUUUGCCGUAAGUGUAAGUAGUUUGACAGUUCUUGAUAAUAGUGAAAAUCAAACUGAACUAACUGAAACGAGUAGUGGUGGUAAUGUGACUGUAAAUGAAAACACUGACGAUCCUGCAAAAACUAACCCCGUAGUCAAUGCUAUUGACAAUAAAAUAGAACAAGCUAUGGAUCUUGUAAAAAGUCAUCUUAUGUAUACUGUAAGAGAAGAAGUGGAAGUUUUAAAAGAAAAAAUUGCCGAAUUAAUGGAAAGGAUCCAACAAUUGGAAACUGAAAAUAAUUUCCUUAGAUCGCAGAUACCCAAAUCUCAAACUAUACCGCCAACUCCAGCAUCCAAUAUCCAACAAUCAAAUGUAGUUAUAAACCCUAAUCCGAAUUUUCCAAAUCCCACUGCUAUUCCUACAUCAGAUACUGCAUCUGUAACUAACAAUAGCCACAACCAUUUGUCUAAUUCACAAUCUCAAUCAGUAUCUACCACUGAAACACCGAAUCCCCAGUAGUUUAUAUUGUUUUUUUUUAUUAGAUACUGAUUUCUCUUAGCUUAUAUUUGAGAUAUAAUUUGGCAAAGGAGGUUCACAGAAGGCUGUUUGUAAAUUGAUAUGUUGAAAGUGACUGAUUUUCAACAUUAGAUUAAGAGUUGUUUUAGAACAUGUUAAUAUAUACAUAAAAAAUAAUAUUUUUCAACAGUUAGCAGCCGACUUUUAUUUGUUUAAAGAUGACAAAUAUGUAAAGCAUCAACAGAUACUGCAAAAAGGGCAUAUGGGUUUAAAAUAAUCAGGAUUUUGAUGAAAUUGAUGAAAUAUAUGGAUUCCUUUUUUUUAAAAUAUGGUUAAUAGAUAAUUGCUUAAAGGAUAUUAAAAGUUAUUUACCAACUGAGUAGAAUAUCUCAAUUAGGUGCAAUUCCAAGUUGACGCUCGAUGUUAUCUUUGAUCGUCCAAUGAUUUGGAACAAUUUUUACUGGAGCAUCUUCUUAAAUUACUGCAGCGACAAAACUAAAAAUUGUUUAACUUAUUAAAUUGGGUAUCCAAGUUAAAAGUGUAACAAGUUCAUUAAUAUUUAAUAACUGACAAUUUGAUUAACAGACUAGGUAGUAAAUCUCUCCAGUGAAAAUUAUACUACGUGACCCCAUUUGACGGUCUAAGUCAGCGUCGAGUGUUGACAUGAAAUUGUACCUCUACACUUCUACCAAUUUCAUUCAUUCAUUAGUAUUUUUCUGAUGGUAUACUUAGGCUUCCAUUUUUCAUCUCAAUAGAAACGGCCCAGCUCUUAUUAUAAUUAUUAUAUAAUAGAAUUAAAAAGCUAUUUUAACAAGUAACUUAGAAUAAUUUUUAAUUCUAUCUUUUAUGGUACAACUCUCUUAUGACCUUGACCUUGAAAUAUGUAACUUUUGGGGUAAUUUUGAGCAUGUCCAUGAAUAUUUAUAUAGGACAGUUCGAAACAGUUUAGUUGAUACAAAACUAACCUAAUUUAAAGUUGUAUUUUUUAUUUUGUUAUCUCUUCCCUGCGGAGUCUCGUAGCAAACGCUUCUCCAUUUUCAUAUAUUUGUAUCAAUAUUUUACCCACUACCACAUAUCCCAAGUUCAUAGGAGAGUUGUACCUUAAAAGAUAGAUUUCCCAAAAAAUAUGUAUGAAUGGAAUCCAACUUUUAACUGCAAGCCUAAAUUCAACUCUAAAGUGUCUAUCUUCUAGCCAUGAUUUGAUGAUUAUAUAUAAUUGAUAGUGCAGGUGUUGUUUGAUUUUGUACAAAAGUCCUUCAUGCAAUUAUCUAUUGAAUGCUUGUUUUAUAUUCAAGGUAACUGCAGUGCAUAUUCUCUUCUCUUAUAGACUCUACUUCAUUUUGUUCACAAUUCUGUGAACAUGAUGAGUUGUUGAGUGUUUUUCUGAAACCAAAUUAAUAGUCUAGUAUAAGGUCUUCAAUAGCAGUCAUUGCAUCUAUUCUGUCUAAUAGUGACCGUUCAAAUACUUUGGAUAUUAUAAGAUUUGAUUGCACAUUAAGUAGAAGAUAAUCUGCACACCUCAGGUGUACAAUGUAAAUGGAAAUUCUGAUCAAAUUUGUUUCUAAACAGAUUUGUAGUACUAGGAAAAAUGUUCUAAGCUCACUAGUUGAUUUUUUUAUAACAUUUUUACAUAAUUAUUACACUGAUCAAUAUAAUUAUCAUUUGUAAAUCCUUUGGAUUAUGGCUAUCGCUUUUAGCAAUUUAAAAUCCUUUGUUUGAAAUGGAUUACCCCAAUUUUUUUUAUCGUUUAUAGUUUAUCGUUUGUCUUGGAUGCUUUUGUUAUUUAUUUUCCAUUCCUUUUGGUUCCGGUAUUUUGCCCUUCAGUUCUCUAUAUUAAGUGCUCUUAUAUCCUCUAUUUCGUUUCUCAAAGUCUUUUCACAACCUGCCUCUUCUCCUUGGCCACAAUGGGGUCCGUUGCGUUAUUCUUUUGAUCAUUUCAGUUGGUUUUCUUCUCAUUAUAUGCCCAGCCCAAUUGAGUCUUUGUGCUUUUAUGGAUCUCACUAUAUUUUCCUUCUCCAGUUCUUUAUCAAUUUCUUCGUUUUUCUUUCUCCCUCCCGUGUUGUGUUUGGAUCUGUUAUAGCUCUUAUUAUCUUUCUCUCGGUUCUUUUAAGUUCUUCAUCCUUUUUGUUGAUUACAGUUGUUUCCAUUACAUACGUGAUUACUGGUCUUAUUAGAGGUUUGUACAUUUUUAUUUUUUUGGCAACGCCUCAUUACCAAUACAUUCUUUUAUCUUUUUAUUUAAUUUAUGAUAUCCAUUUGUUAACUUAUUGAAAAUUGACUAAUUAUCUGUAUUGUUGGAAAAUUUUUAAAAGAUUAUAUAUUAUUGAAUACUGUUUUAUGAAAUGAGAUAGCAUUUUCCAUACCACUUUCGAUUGAAAUAUCUGUAAAAUAUAUAAUUUACAAUGUAUUCACUCUCUUAUAAUAUUCAAAUUAGUAACAUACCUCUUUUAAUUCAUCUAUUUUGUUGUUAUUUAAUAAUAGUUAUAGUUUUUGUCACUGCCAUUUUGUUAUUUAUCAAAAAUUUAAAUUAACAUAAAUUCAUAUACCGAUACAGUAAAUGGAUAGUUUUUAUUAAACGCAGUAUCCGAAUAACAGUAUUUAAUUCUUUUAAAUUUCACAAUAAACAUUACCAAGGCUCGUUGUUUUACUUAAAUAAAUAUAACAAGUGUUUAUAUUUUAUUUUAAAAAUGUAUACACAAUAAUCAGGUUACUUUUUGUCCUAUAGUGUUCAAAGGACUCGAUGAAGGUUUUUCCCCGUGACCAAGUAAGAUGCUAAUUUAAUAUUUUUUAUGGAGCAAAUUGUGCUCAAAAGGUGUGAAUAUUAAAAAUUUAUCAUUUAUCCCACACAUUUAUUUUUUCCAAAUAUAUAUGUCCACCUAAGUUAGCUGUGCUACUUGGCAUCUUUAUUUUCAUUUAGGUCCUAGGUAAUGAUCACUGGAAUAAGUCGUGUGACUAACUAAUAAGACCGCCAAAAUUCGAUUUUAUCCCCUUCAAGAGCUAUACAAUCAUACCAACGCUUUUCAAACUUCUCAAUACCGUUGUUGUAGAAGGCUUCAGUUUCAAUAAUUGCUUCUUCAUUUCAACUUAAUUUCUUACCGGCGUACAUUUUUUUGAGAUCAGAGAAUAGCCAAUAGUCACUGUGGACUAGAUCUGGACUAUACAGUGCGCGAGGAUGCAUUUCAUUCAUUACCUAUUCCAUUUUAGGAGAUUCCUUAAGACACAAAAAUAAUUCGAGAACACCUUUACAUGUUUGAUUUCUCGUUUCCUCAUAGGAUUAAGAAAAAAAUAUAUUAUUUCCUUCGUCCUUUUUACACAUAGGACCUUUUGUUAACUUAAGUUUUGUGUGCAUAAUAUUCAACGUACUUUGGUAUUGUUAUUACAGUUAAGUGUUUGUCUAUAGUAAGUCUAGUUACUUUUCUUUCAAAAAGUCAAAAUUUUUUUCAACUGAAAGCCUUGACAUUCUUGUCUUACACUAAAAUGCCUUGUAGGGUAAUAUUUACGUAAUUAUAUAUACGUACUAUUAUAAAUAACUGCUAUUAUUGUUAGAAAUUUUAAACUCACCUGUUUAAAUUAUCGUUUCUUAAUUAAUUGCUGCCAAAAAUAUCUCCAAAAAAAAUUGUGAAGAAUGAAUAUUUAAAUUAUGUUUCCGAUUAAAAAAUAGAAACUCUGCUUGGUUAGAACUAGACCCAGGCACUGGUGCUCGAUAGCAUAUUUUGUACAUAUUACUUAGUCUUUAUUUGGAUUCUUAUAAAUAAUAAUAUUUUUUGUAGAAAAAUAAAAUUGUGCGAGACACACGGUGAUACUAUAUAAGUAACAACCCAAACACUCAACCAGCAGUAAAAAUUUCGAUUUUUUAUCUUGAUCAAAAUCAAUUUUGUUUUGAAAAUUGUUUCGUUAAUUGUUUGAAUUCGAAUAAUUAAUUUGAACUACGUCAAUCAUUGAUUAUUAUCAUUACACACUGUGACAUGUUCUGCAAGCACUUUUGGAGGUAACUUCUUUGAGGUUAGUACCAAUUGUGGAAUGUAAGGGUCGAUACAAAAAUAUAAGUGAAAUCAGAAAUACCUGUACCUUUAUACACUUAUAAUUGUAGAAGUUAAUAGGAAAUUCAAGAAAAAUCUUCGAAAAUGAUUAGUUAUAGGAACGUUGUAAGGAACGGAACACAGUGAAAGUCUAAAGAUGACUUGGCUGGAACAUUUGUAGAUAAUUCCAAAAGAAUUACUGAGAUUGAUUGGUAAAAGGAGGAAGAUAUAAAAUAAGAUAGAGAAAAAGGAUCAUAAUAGAUUUAAAAUAAAAUGGAAUCAAGGAAUGGGCAGUAAAUAAGGUGAAUACCACAACUGCAGAAUUGAAAAGUCGAUUCAAUAACAUAAGUGAAAUCAGAAAUGACUGUACCUUUAUAAACUUGUAAAUGUAGCAGAAAUUAAUAGGAAAAUCUUGGAAAAUGAUGAGUUGAAGGAACGGAACAUAGUGAAAGUCCAAUGAUGACUUGGCUGGAACAUUUGUAGAUAAUUCCAAAAGACCUAAUAAAUUGAUUGGUAAAAAGAAAAGAUAUGAAAUAAAAUAGAGAAAAAGGAUCAUAGUAGAUUUAAAAUAAAAUGGAAUCAAGAAAUGGGCAGUAAAUAAGGUUAAUACCACAACUGCAGAAUUGAAAGUCGAUUCAAUAACAUAAGUUAAAUUAGAAAUGUCUGUACCUUUAUAAACUUGUAAAUGUAGCAGAAAUUAAUAGGAAAUUCAAGAAAAAUCUUGGAAAAUGAUGAGUUGCCAUUAACAAAUAAUAUAUAUUAUUAGUAUUGUGAUCAGCCAGUUUUAUUAUGAAUUAUGUUAUACAUUGUAUAAAUUGUAAAAAAAAUAUUAUUAUUUGAAAUUGAAUAGCCAAAUUUUUAUUUGGUGCUAUCGUAUACUGUGAUUAAAGCGAACGAAAUGUCUUAGAUAAAUAAUACCUUAUAAAGAAUUUUUGCCAAAUCAGUUUUUUGAUUAUUUUUUCUGGUUAAGUGUCACAGAACAAAAUCAGGUAUUUCUUGUGGCCGCUUACAAUACAAACUUACUUUUUGAUCAAUGGAUAGAUAUCGGUCAAUGAUCCCAGGUUCAGUAAACAAAAAUUUUGUUUAUCUUAUUUGUAUAAUUUCCUUCAAAUCGAUAUAAUAACAAUUUUUUUGUCUCAAACAAGACUGAUAACUUUCUUGUCGUAUUAGAAUUUCUUUCUUUGGAGCAUAUUUUUUAGAUCUGAAAACAACCAGUAGUCGCAAGGAACCAGAUCCGCAGAAUAUUGUGUAUGAGUUGAAUUUAUUUAAUUUGAGACAAUUUCUUUAUCGACUUAUGAAAUACUUCAUUGUUUUGGGAAUUUUUCUAUUAUACAAGGUGUCUCCAAAACGAGUUUACACUUUAAAAAAUUAUUUUGAGAAAAGUGAAAAAUUUAUUCAAAAAAUUAUUUCUUCUCACGGCAUUCAUUUUAUCGAGCAGCAAAAUUUCCCAUGACGGUUCGACAGGUAUUCACCGUGAUGACUUCCAUUUCGUGCCGGAUAUUUUCUUUUGAUUAUACCAGGGAUAUUAGUUUGCGAGCGUAUACUUCAAAUUUGACAACUCUACAGGAAAAAAUCCAUGUGUUAAAUCGGGUCUGCGUGGAGGCCAUCUUAUGUCACCUCUCUUGGAGAUCACUUGCCAGGAAAAAAUUCACGCGGUAGAGAUCUAUUGGACGUGUGUGAAGUUGCUACGUCUUGCUGGAACCAUGUUCUUUGGUUUUAACCUUUAAGGUUUUGCAGUUCAGACACGAAGAAGUCGUCUAAUAUCUGCACAUAACGCUCUAAAUUCACUGUAUCUGUGCAUUCCCUUUCAUCUUAAAAAAAGUAAGUGUCUAUAAUUCCUCGCGCAGACAUCGCAGCCCAUACAGUCACUUUAAGCGAAUAUAGCGAUUUCUGAUAUUUGUGUUUUGGAUUGGUUAUACUCCAGUGGCCGUAAUUUUGCUUGUUGACGUGUCCAUUAAAAUGAAAAUGAGCUUCAUGCGAAAACAAGAUGUUGAUAAACGUUAGAAAGCGCUCAAUCAUCUGGUUUACGAAGUCCUGACCAGCAUUCUGAGGCUUUGAUUCUUGCACUAACUGAAUUUUGUAAGGGUGCAGCCCUAAAUAUUUGUGUAAUGUGCGAAAUAAUGAUUAUCUAUGUACGUUUAAAGCAACAGAAACAUCCAAAUAGACAAGAGCAACACUGUCUACGCUUUAGACCGUUCUAGAAGAUGUCGGACGCUCAAUUAUUGUUACGAAAAAUAUUUUUAUUAUAAAAAUUAUUCUACAUUCGAAUGCUCCCCUUCAAUAUACUCCACUUCCAUCGCCACACACCUUUCCAAACGUUGUUUCUAUUGAUGGAAGCAGUGCUGGAAGUCUUCUUUGGUGAUGGCCUUUAAGAGCUCUGCCGUUUUUGCUUUACCCCUUCCAUCGAAUCGGGUCCCUUUCAAAGCAGAUUUUAUCUUCGGAAACAGAAAAACUCGCACGGUGCCAAAUCUGAUGAAUACGGCGAGUUUUCGAGCACUGGAGUGCGCUUACUGGCCAAAUACUGCUUCACAGAUAGCGCAUUAUGGGCUGGUGCGAUGUCCUGGUGCAAAAUCGGCCCGUUUUUUACGAACUCGUUCUCGCAGUGUUGCCAAAACUGACAAAUAGUAAGUCUGGUUGGCAGUCUGACCCUCUGGAACCCAUUAAGUCAUCACGUUACCAUUAAUGUCGAAAAAAACGAUCAACAUUGCCUUCAAUUUUGAUUUGCUUUCUCGGCCCUCACUAAAGCGCUUACACCAUUCAAAAACACGUGCACGAGAUAGAGAAUUGUCCCCAUAGGCCUCUUGCAUUAAUUUAUAGCACGCAGUCGGAACAUUUUUCAAUUUAACGAGAAAUUUGAGAUUGAUACGUUGCUUCUGUUUUUCGUCACACAUAGUUUUCGGUACGAUAAAAAUCCCCGUUCGUUUCAAACCGCUACUGCACAAAUACUAUAAUAGUGACGGAAACUUGUUAUGAGGCUUGCACAGACAAGAUAUCUAGAUACCCAACGCACUACUCGUUUUUACCUCCUCCGUCUAGAGCGCCCUCUAAGCGCGCAGUCUCUUUAUUUAAUAGCCAGCCCUCGUACAAUUUUUUAGUUAUUUCUGGUUUGUCUAGGACAAGUCGCAUUUUUUACUAUUUUACUCUGCUUAAUUUCAAAUUUAUUUUUCCUUAGAAGUAUCACUAUUUUUAUAAUAAAAUUAUGAAGUCUUUAUGUAUCAAUUGAACGUUUGAUAAUAUGUGAAAUGAUAUAUAGUGUAAAUGAUAUUUAUCUUGUAUUUGCUUCUGGGUUUUUAUAGAAAGUAGCAUAUAUUUUAUCAAUUUUUAUUUAAGAUAUACUAUAUGUUUUUAUUUUAACAUCUCAAGACAUAAAUAUGUAAGGACUCCGUUAGAAUUAUCAUAAAGUAUCGUCUCUUAGAACUUUGUUAAUUUGAAAUUAGCUAUAACUUAGUACCCCAAUCUUUUCACGCCAAUCACUCCAAGCUUCCGAUGUUUACUUACCUUCUUUUGUAACAUUUAUUAAAUAACCACACCUCGUACAUUCAAAUAUUUUCUUAGAAUAAUUAGUGCUUCAUUCAGGUUUUCUCUACACCUAUAGUAUGUCCAAAAUAGAAGUCAAGAACUUCUAGAAUUCGUUUUAUUUAUGUAAAAGUGAUUUACUUCUUAAUAUCUGGAAAAUAAUGUUGAAACAAGUAAUCAAGAACUGUAGGGAUUUGUGAAUUUGUAAACAAAAUUGGAUGUACUUCGAAUUCUCUUGGAAAAUCAAGCGCCACAGAUCUGGAGUUGAAUGGUUUCUACCGAUAUUCAAAUACUAGUUUAUAGCGAAAAUUAGUCACUUAGGCCUCGGACUCCUAUUAAAUGCUGUAUGCGGCGUCCGACUUGAGCGUAAACGUUUCGCUUCACGUCUGAACUUAACAGAUCUGGACUAUACGGUGAAUGAGAAAGGAAUUCGAAGUGUAUAAUUCGUAGUAUUCUCAUUGAUUGUCUCUUCCUUUUGGAUAUAGUCAAUAAACAAUAUUCCAUGCGCAUUCCAAAAUAUUGGAGCCAUAACUUUCCCAGCUGACUGUAGUGUCUUUGGACGAUUCUGACGGGGUUUUGUGAGUGAAUUGAUGGAUCCACGUUUCAUCCAUUGUAAUAUAUCGUCGCAAAAAAUCGUGGUCAAACAAGGCCAAACACUGCUUUAAAUCAUCAACACGUUGUUGUUUUUGAUCAACUGUGACUAAACACCAACUUUGAAAAAGCUUUUUCCUGGUCAAAUAUUCAUGCAUAAUGAUAAACACACUGCCCUUUGAUUCCAUCCGGUAUCUCGCGCAAUUUCAAUUUACCAUUAGAUUUAACCAGUUUAUGGAAUUUUUUGAUGUUUUCUGGAGUAACCGCCUCAGUUGGACGACCAGAACGUUCACCAUCAUCCAAAUCAAUAACAAAUGGCUCUUUUCGGUGGAGCAUAGUCCGGAUAACACUUUGAAGCCAUUGCAGAGCUUGUACGUUAUUUUUAUCAAGAAGCAAUAAUAAAUUAACAGACGAAAUUGUUUUGAAAAUAACAAAAGUAGAUUCACUUAAAUGACUGUUUCUUUUUUCUGACUAAUCGAAAUGUCAUGAAAUUUUCCAUAUAGUCUUUUGAAAAAUGGUGGUACAUAAACGACGUGGAUUUGAUAAUGGCAGCGUCAUCUGUGUGUCAGUCACAUGACUUAUUGGGAAACUGUAGAUAGAUCUGAGAUCAUUUUAUUUGCCUCGUCUAGUCGGUAACCUCGGCAAAACGUAGAUGGUUUAGCUUUUCGACAUUUAAGCCCUUACUGUCUAGUUUGAUCUUUUUAAACAUUUAUUCUAAAAGAGUUGUGAAAAGUUUGCGAGAAAUUGGUUCACCUUGUCGAUGAUUUGAGUGAGUGAGUUAAUCGCAAAUGAUUUUUUCAUCGAUUUAUUUUUGAAAAAUAAGAUUCUAUUCCAAAACCGUACUAAAGCGCCCUAUUAUUAUUUUGAUAAAUAUUAGUUUUAACUCGUAAUUUUAACAGCGUCCUUAGAGUAAGCAUAAUUUGUAGUACUGUUUAGCUUUUCACUGCAUUUAUUUUUUAAUUUAAGAGAGGUUAAUAGAACAAUGACUUGUUAAUGGAUUGACUUGGAUAAAAAAAAGCAAUUUGUAAUAUUAAGCGUAUUGAAUUACCAAUUAUUGGUGAAUGUGUAAUGUAAAGAGAGUAAAUAGACAAUUAUGGCUGUGUUAUAUAUUAUAAAAGUAUUUCAUUGUGCAGAAAUAUAUCAUUUA